CACCACCACAAGCACCAACAACCAUGCCUUCCAUGCGCGCUGUGCUCGUACGCGACGGCAAGUCGGAGACUGCCGAGGGCCUGUACAUCGGCGAGACGGAGCGCCCGACGCUCAAGGAGGGAGACGGCCGGAUCAUCGUCAAGGUCAUCUGCUUCGGCCUGAACCGCAUGGACAUCAUGCAGCGUCGCGGCAUGUACCCGCUUCCGCCCGGCGCGUCGCCGAUUCUCGGCGUCGAGUUCAGCGGCACGGUCGAGGAGCCCGGGUCGAGCGAUUACAAGAAGGGCGACGAGGUGUUCGGCCUCGCGACUGGCGGCGCGUACGCCGAGUACAUCAGCGUCCCGGCCGGCAUGACGACGCGCAAGCCGGCGCACGUCUCGUGGGAGAAGGCGGCCGCCGUCCCCGAGAACCUGCUCACGGCGUGGCAGACCCUGAUCCGCAUCGCCGAGAUGAAGGAGGGCCAGAAGGUCCUCGUGCACGCCGGCGCGAGCGGCGUCGGCCUCGCCGCCAUCCAGCUCGCGCGCAUGUUCGGCGCGUCGCUCGUCAUUGCGACGGCCGGUACCGACGACAAGGUCAAGUUCGUCGAGCAGCACGGCGCCAAGGGCGUCAACUACAAGACGCAGGACUUUGCCGACGAGGUGGCCAAGUUGACCGACGGCUCGGGCGUCGACAUCAUCAUCGACCUCGUCGGCGCCUCGUACUGGGAGCGCAACAUCCAGUCGCUCGCGCGCGACGGCCGCAUCGUCCUCGUCGGGCUCGUCGGCGGCGCCAAGACGGACAAGCCGUUCGACCUGAGCCAGCUCCUGUACAAGCGCGCUCGCGUCGAGGGCACGACGCUCCGCAGCCGGUCGCUUGAGUACCAGACCGAGCUCCUCCAGGACUUCUCGAAGCGCGCGCUCGAUCACGUCUUUGCCAAGGCGGACGGCAAGGACGGCAUCGACUUGGUCAUCCACAAGCAGGUCUUUGACUGGAACGACAUCGUCUCGGCGCACCAGGAGAUGGAGCAGGCCAAGAACACGGGCAAGAUCAUCGUGCGCAUCUCGUAGAUAGUACAGCAACAAGUUGAAAUAGCAGUUUCCCCCUCACGUCCGUCUAGUCCUCGCCCCGCUCAGGAAGCGACAGCUCGGCAAGGAUGACGGCCUCGCCGCGCUUGUUGGCGUACUGCGCCACUGCUGGCCGGUCGCCGAGCUCAACAGCGCACGAUGAGCCGGUAAAGA